GUGGACGCUCUUCCCCAUCAGACAAUGCUGUUUUCCCCCCCAAUAGCCUCUACCCAGAACAUCGGGGCUCUCUCCCGCCUCUCUCCCCAGCCAUCAACAUCUAGACAGAGUAGAAUCACCGACUUUGUACAGCAGACAGAAGGCGAAAAUACAAACAUAACCUCCACUGCAGCUGAAAUAACAGUAAAAAGCCCAAAGAAGAAGGUUGUGCGAAAACCUCGUCAGAAGUCUCGCUACCUGAUACCAACGACAACAGUGAAGAAACAUUUCAACCAUUUUGCCGGCAUGCGUGUGGCCAAGGACGCUAUUGAGGAGGUCAUGAAAGUGUCUGAGACGUACUGGGAUAACUUGUGUGCGGACUUGGAGGCAUAUGCCAGACAUGCCGGCAGGAAACGCAUACAGAUGGCCGACUUUGAACUGCUCUUUAAGAGGCAAGGCUAUGUAACAGAGAAGACCAGUCUUAACUCCUUGAUUCGACGCUACCUCCCCUGGGAAGAAGCUGAUAAACUAUUACCAGUCAUUGGCGCAGACAACAAGAUAUACCCAAAACUGUAGACUGCUACCACCGACCAUGCGGUUCAAUAUUGGUGAUUUAAUACGUCAUUGGGGCGGACAACAAGAUAUACCCAAAACUGUAGACUGCUACCACCGACCAUGCGGUUCAAUAUUGGUGAUUUAAUACCAGUCAUUGGGGCGGACAACAAGAUAUACCCAAAACUGUAGACUGCUACCACCGACCAUGCGGUUCAAAAUUGGUGAUUUAAUACCAGUCAUUGGGGCGGACAACAAGAUAUACCCAAAAGUGUAGACUGCCACCACCGACCAUGUGGUUCAAUGUUAGUGAUUUAAUACCAGUCAUUGGAUUGGACAACAAAAUAUACACUGAAAUAAACACAGCUAUUUCCUUGUGGUUAAUAAUUGAUGAUUUAAGUCCAGGCAUUGGGGCAGAGAACAUUAUAUAUCUUAAAAUAUGUGAUUUUAGAGCGGUCAUUAAGGCAGACAACAAGAUAUACAUGUUCUACCAAUAAUAUCAACACUGUCAUCGCAGCAGACAACAAAAUAUACCUAAACUGUUGACCGCUGUCAAGUGUUCAAAACAGUCAACCAUGUGA